AUGGAAAGAGAAAGAAAGAAGGAGAAGCAGAGAACGGGAGGAACACAGCCCUAUCUCACAGGAUUGUUGUCAAUAUACCAGGUGUACUAUCCCAACCUGGUUACCCUUCCUCUACGCAGUACAAACAUUAUAUUCUUCAAGUCAUAUGACAGAAACUGGUCGAGUAUUUUGAGGAAAGUUAAAGAGAGUAACGCUGAGAUGUUGCUGAAUCAGUCAACGGAGAGGGAAUCCUCGAGGAAGAAGAAGGCGGACUUGUCAGCUAGAGCACCGGCUUCAAAGCGCCGUCGUCGUGAACUGAUUCCUCAGAUCUCCGCGUCACACUCUGCUGUGGGCGACCGGACUUCUGCCACCGAGAAAGUGUCCUUGUCGCUGGAUGUCGCUCGUGUGCCCAUGAUUCAGAUCAGUUCCUUUAUGGAGAUGGUGGAAAAAAUUGACAGAAUAGAAUUCCCCAGUGAGAUCUGUGUGGCCCUUCAUGAUCCGCUGUUACAACACAUCAUCGUCCACUCCGGCGACAGGGUGAUUGCGUCGCGCUUCAGCUACUGGAUACAGCACACGCUCGUAGAAGAACUGUUGAAUCGUUCAGGCAUUAACAAAGAAGCAGAGAAAUUGCUUCAACAUCUGAUAUGCUUCAUGGAUUUCUUGCAAGAAGGUAUUCCAGUAGUGGACACAUUUCUUCAAAUCUACCUGGACACGUGGAAUGGGGCGGACUACAGACCGUACAUCAUGCGGCUCAUCGGCAAGUUAAGGAUGAAGCCCUUCACAGUUUUGAAAGAACUUAUUCUGGAACCACUGAGAAAACUCUUCUUCACAUCGUCAGUUUAUUUCAAGUGUCAGGUGAUUCUGACGUUGACUGAUCUGACCCAGAACUAUGUGGCUGUAGAGUUGUUCCGCUACAAAGAUUCCUUGAUGCAGCAAGAGAUGAACAGCGUCACGUCCGACACGUUGGAGUUCACCUCCCCCGAAUGCUUGUCUCUGUUCCACGAAGCCGUCGAGAAGUUCAACCCAAUGCACACGCUACAGGAAUUGGUCAAGUGGGUCAUGUCGAUCGCUAACGUCGGAUUGAUCGCGGAAAACGACCACACCCUCCUCACGUAUCACGUGAUCGGCUACAUUGAAUUGCUGUGCACUCUGAACCAGAAAUACGAUGUCCCGUUCUUGUUUCUGCCGUCCGACCUUCUCCUCAGUAGAAUCAUCCUUGCCAACUCUGCUUUUGGCUGCUCCAAGCUAUGCUCCAUACUGUGCAAGUACAAAACGUCAUUCCAGGCGUUGCGGUCACUCUCUGACCAAUCCGUCCCGUGCACCGACUGCAUCGGCCUGGGUCAGGUCCCGCAGUUCAACAGCAUCGUGGUCGAUGUGUGUAACUGUUUCUCUCGCAGCAAGCUGUACGACACGAAGCUGGGCCUCGGCGUCUCCUCCGUACGGCAGCUGGUCACGGACGUCCCAGAUGUGGAUCUUGCGCACAGCAACGGGGCGUUCAGCAUCUACAGACACCAGGCUUUCACUGGGUUCGCAAGGAGCUUCUGGAAACAGAGUCAUCCCCAAGGUGUCAAGUUCGAUCCGAGACAGAUCAGUCAAUCACAGUCACAAAAAGAGGCGUACUUGGAGUAUUUGAAGAACGAAGGCUUAACGGGGGUGGUGCAAUUCCUGACAAUGUUUCUUCGAAAACACUCUACAGCCAACUGACGAUGACACUGUUUGAAAAGCUUUGCUUAACGGGGGUGGUGCAAUUCCUGACAAUGUUUCUUCGAAAACACUCUACAGCCAACUGACGAUGACACUGUUUGAAAAGCUUUGCUUAAUGGGGGUGGUGCAAUUCCUGACAAUGUUUCUUCGAAAACACUCUACAGCCAACUGACGAUGACACUGUUUUAAAAGCUUGGCUUAAUGGGGGUAGUGCAGUUCCUGACAAUGAACUGACGAUGACACAGUUUGAAAAGCUUGUAACUGGUAAUACCAUGAAGCUUCCAGAAGCAAAUAAUAUUUUGUUUGUAAACCAUAAAGAUGGUUUAUGCAAUACCUAAGCCUUAACUGGAGAUGCCUUGAUGAUUCAAGAAGCAAAUAAUAUUCUGUUCGUAAACCAUGAAGAUGGUUUACUCAGUAUCUAAGUAUUAACUGGAGAUAACUUGAUGCUUCACAGGGGUGGGGAUUCUCCUCAGAUCAGCUGUUUUCAUCCAUGGAACGUUGCAUUUCCUCGCAUUUUAAUCGUCCUUUCCUCCAAAAUGUGUCAGAUGGCACAGAUUUUAACCUAGGAUUUCAAGAAUUUCUGGGACCCCUCUAGGUUUUCUCUUUUUUUACAGUUCACCAAUUCCCACCCCUGGGCCUUCAAGAAGCAAAUAAUAUUCUGUAUUUAAAGAUUAAGGUUGUUUAUGCAAUACCCCAACGCACUGGGUGUUGUUUCAAAGUGACACCAUUUCGAGUGUUGGAGAACAGAUAUCCACUGCCAGCCCCAAUUUGCUGUUUUCCAUUAUCCUUGGGAUCUGUUGUAUGCAUUUUACCACAGACGGGACAGCACAUACUACAAAUUCUUAAGUGAGGACUUCUGAGAUGGAAACUAACUACCAUUGUCAGACAGUACAUUUUAUAAAUGUUUAAAAUACUUUUUGCUUUUUUUUUUUUUUUUAAAGAUCUAUGGUAGCUUGAGUGGCUCGUGAUACUGAGAUGGUUCCCUUCGGACUAAAUGACUUUCUGAAGUGUUGCUAUAUACAGAGACCUAUAGUGAUGUUCCGAUGAUCAACUAUAAUUAGUAACAUUAGGAUUUAUUUAUUGGGAGGGCCACUGACACUGUCUAUUAAGACCCGGUCACACUGUCAAGUAUCAGGACACCGAGUUGGCCUAUGAUAUGAUCUGGCAUCAUUCGUGACAAUUCGUGGUGGUCCGUAGAAUUCCGUAGCUGUCGUAUUAAAUCCCUGAUAAAUCAGUAGUAGUACUUGUAUGUCUAUGAAAUUUUUUUACAUGUCCAAAAAUUCAUCAUGGAUCGAACAACGUAGUACAUCCUUAAUGAUCCAUAGAAGAACGUAAUAAUCUGUAAUAAACCGUACUUAAACCGUACUUAUCCAUACUUAAUCGUAGUAAUCCCGACCUCAAGCACCGGUCACACUGUCAUGAUCAGGACGCCGGAUUAACCACGGAUACGAUCCGUAACGACUCUUUGCGCUCCCCGUUGUCAACUAACCCCUAUCCUUAAUCCUUGGUUUAUCCAUUAAAAACCAUGGUCAUCCGUGAGGUUUUCAUCCGUCGUGGAUCCGGCUAGACAAUCCUUGACAGUGUGAGCUUUGCUUUACAGGCAACAGGCAUAAAAGAUGGUGUGAAAAAGAAGUGUGAUUGGCAUCCUCCACUGGCUAUGCCAGUGAUUGGUGAUUGAUCAGUUGGUUUCUAGUAAUGUGAUGGUUGAUAAAUUUAUGAUCGAUUGUCAAA